UGUUAUCAGUUCUCGAAUUAAAAAUAAUGUUUCUCAAUAGUGAUUGAUUUUAUCAUUGGUUUUAUCUUCUUUUAUUAGACACAGAAAGUUUGCGCGUAUAAAUACUCGGUAAAUAAUGGCCUGAGUACUAGAGUUAAAAUAAUAAUCGUCCAUUUAUAAAGUGCAUAUAAAUUUCGGAAUGAAGUUAUUUAUAUUCUGUAUCAGCUUAAUUGGCAUUGCCGUUAUUGAGGCAACUCCAAUUAAACAAUCAAUAUGGUUGACAUCAAUAAUAGAUGUCGAUCCUCAAAAUGAAAUUGAUCAAAAUAAACCAGGUCCAGUUCAUCCACCAGUUUCACCACCAAAUCAUCCACCACCUGUGCUACCAAUCCACCAUCCAUCUCAUCCAGUUCAUCCACCAGUAAUACCUCCCCAUCCUAACCAUCCAUCUCAUCCAGUUCAUCCAAAACCAGAUGAUGAACCUUCGGAUUUUGAUCAUUUAAAUCCACCUAAACAUCAUUCACAUCCACCAAAACCAACUACUACUUCUAAACCUCAUCCACAUCCAUCAAAACCAACAACUCAACCUCCCAGUCCACAUCCACCAAAACCAACAACUCAACCUCCCAGUCCACAUCCACCAAAACCAACAACUCAACCUCCCAGUCCACAUCCACCAAAACCAACAACAAAUCAACCUUCCAGUUCCCAUCCACCAAAACCAACAACUCAACCUCCCAGUUCCCAUCCACCAAAACCAACAACAAAUCAACCUUCCAGUUCCCAUCCACCAAAACCAACAACUCAACCUCCCAGUUCCCAUCCACCAAAACCAACAACUCAACCUCCCAGUCCACAUCCACCAAAACCAACAACUCAACCUCCCAGUUCCCAUCCACCAAAACCAACAACUCAACCUCCCAGUUCCCAUCCACCAAAACCAACAACUUCUCAACCUUCAAGUUCAAAACCACCAAAACCAAGUACCACUUCCGGCAAUCCAAUUACAACUUCUUCUGCUGCACCAACAACUCCAGAAAUUAUUGAAACUUCUACCGAGGGUCCUACUACUAAUCCGCCAACAACCACAGCAAUUGUUCCAAGUUCUACAGGAACUUCAACUGAGACCGAUAACCAACCAUCAGCAGCUCCAUAAACAUUAGAUACUGAUAUAACUGACAUCUUCAUCUAAAUGCUAAAUGAAGAACCUUUCACACCACCAGGCGACUAAAAAAAGCCAUAUGUGGCUUCCACACAAGUCAUUUCUUAAAAUUUUAUAAUCUAGUAUUUGAAAUUUGUGAUUAGCUGCUUUACAAACUAACGUUAAAUAAAGUUACAUGUUCACUU